AUGAAUGACUUGAGCCCUUGGGUUGGUGCUGCUGUGUUGAUCGGCUUAGUAACCUUGCCGCAGCAGACUGAAGGUGUGUGCAUUCAUCAGGGGUCACUUUUUGCGAAUAAUACAGUUUGGAAGCCAGAUUCUUGCCAAGACUGCAGCUGCCACAGCGAUAUUGUCCUAUGCACGGUUACCCAAUGUCAGAACCCACAGUGUGAUUUCCACAAGGGGGAAGUCUUCAAAAUAAAUCCAAAUAAUUGCUGCCCUGAGUGUGCCUUGAGGACACAAAACUUCUGUGAUUACGAAGGACAGAUUCAUGGGGAUGGCACCGAAUGGAUGAGUUCAGAUUGUACUGUUUGUUCCUGUACCAACAAGCAAGUUAAAUGUAGCCCAAAAUAUUGUCCCUCCAUAUCUUGUGGGAGAGGAGAGACCAUGUACAACCCACCUGGAGACUGCUGCCCAAUAUGUGUCAAGACUGGAGAAUCAUGUUUGUUUGAGGGAAGAACGUACAGGGAUGGUGAAGAUUGGAAACUGACUGCCUGUUCGAAGUGUGUCUGCAACAAUGGUGAGGUACAAUGCUACACUGCAGAGUGCCAGCCGGUAUACUGUAAGAAGGAUGAAGAUGUGGUAUUGCAGAUUGGAAAGUGCUGUCCUGAAUGUCUGCCAAAAUCCUGUUCAUUGGCAGGGAAGGAGUAUGAGCAUGGUGACCAGUGGAAAAAGAAUGAAUGCAUCAGUUGUAUAUGUGACCGUGGUGAAAUCAGAUGUUAUACGCAGACGUGCCCCUCACUGAGUUGUGAAAAGGGGCAGAAUAAAGUCAAAAGAUUUGGACGCUGCUGUGAGGAAUGUGUGUCUGGAAAGGGACAUUGCCAGUAUGAAGGUGUCAUCAGGUAUCAUGGAGAGAUGUGGAAUGUGACUGGCUGCGAGUUCUGUAUGUGCGAGAGAGGACAGGUGCUCUGCCAAAUGGUGGAGUGUGCCAGGGUGGAGUGCUCGUGGGGUGAAGAAUUGCUACAUUUGCCUGGAAAAUGCUGUCCUGAAUGCGUGCCGGUUGCCAGUUACUGUGUUUAUAAGAAUCAAGGCAUGGAGGUUCACCAUUCAGAUUUGAAAGGUGAAAAACAUCUGCAGAAUGGAGAGAAAUGGCAUGAAGGUCCUUGUAAAGAAUGUGAAUGUCGAGAUUCACAGGUGACCUGUUAUAUGCGCUCCUGUCCUCUGUGUCCUGCUGGCAGCCUUGCUGUGAAAGUGAAUGGGGAAUGCUGUCCUGAAUGCCAACCAGUUCAGUGCCAUCCUGAUUGCCUGACCUGCACUCAGUCUCCUGAUCAUUGUGAUAUCUGUAACAAUAAGAGAAAAGUUCUGCAGAAUGGCCGCUGUUUGGAGCGCUGUGACCCCGGAUUCCUCCAGGACGGUGGGUUGUGUAAAGCAUGUGACGAGUCGUGUGCCAGGUGUCAAAAUGCGUUUGAGUGCACUUCAUGUAAGGACUCCUUGCUGCUGAAGAAUGGCCAGUGUGUGACUUCUUGUGGGGAAGGGCUUACUCAGGAUCAGUUACACUGUACAGCUUGUCAUGAAUCCUGCUUGACGUGUCAUGGUCCUUCAGAGAAUAAUUGCAUUAGCUGCAGGGAUCCAUCACAUCAGCUGAAGGAUGGUGCCUGUGUUGCCAGCUGUGGACCUGGAUAUUUCACGAAGAAUGGGAGUUGUCAUGCAUGUGACUCAUCUUGCCAGACUUGCCACCUUGACAACUCAAAAUGCCUGAGCUGUUCUGAAGACAGGGUUGUACACAAUGGGAAGUGUGUCUCACAUUGUCCUGAAGGCUAUUACAAAGAUGUGGCUAAUAAAUGUGCAGCUUGCCAUGCAUCCUGUGCAACCUGCACUGGCUCUGCUCCUGUGCUUUGCACCUCCUGUGCCAGCCGCCAUGUCCUACACAAAGGCCAGUGUCUCUCAGCCUGUCCUGAGGGAUUUUACUCUGCGGAUGGAAUAUGCCGAGCCUGUAGCCCUCCUUGCCGAGCCUGUGUUGGACCCAAGCAGUCACAGUGCAUCAAUUGCCUCAAAGCUGAGGAAGCCAUUCAGAUUCAUCAGGAGACUGAUGGAGUGCCACAUGGAGUGUGUGUGGCUAAUUGUAAGCCACGCUUCUUCAUGGGUAUCACUAAAGUGUGCACAGAGUGUCAUUCCACUUGCCUAAGCUGCACAGGGAGCAGUCCUCAAAACUGCACAGCCUGUUCUUCAUCGAGAGUCCUACAUAAAAGCAAAUGUCUCCUUGUGUGCCCAGAAGGAUUCUACAGUCAAGACAAGGCCUGUUAUUCUUGUCAUCCUUCUUGCAAAAGAUGUGAUGGUCCCUCAGACUCUGACUGUGUGACAUGCCACCCUCAUGCUACCUUGCUGAAUGGAUAUUGCAGAACUGGCUGCACUGAGGGUCAAUACCUGAACCAAGUUGGGUACUGCGAUGAAUGUCAACCAGACUGUCAACAGUGUGUGGCUAACCUUCAAGGUACAGGCAGUGUCUGUCUGAACUGCAAGAAUCUCCAUGAGUUGCUGCUUGGAGAUCACUGCACUUCUCAUUGCCCGAAGGGGUACUUCAUUAGCAGCGGUACUUGUAAAAGAUGCCAUUCAUCGUGUAAAGCCUGCAGUAGUGAAGGAGCUUAUGGUUGCACUGACUGUGAAGCAGACCUCGUUCUUGCCCACAAUGGCAUGUGCAUGAGUGCCUGUCCCCAAGCUUAUUACAGUGACAGUGACCGGAUCUGCCAGCCCUGCAGUAGUCAAUGUUUGACCUGUGAGUCAGAUUCAGCCUGUUUGUCCUGUAAAGACCCAACUAAAGUUUUACUCUUUGGAGAAUGUCAAUAUGAGACCUGUGCCCAGCAGUAUUACAUUGACUACUCUUCAGGAAUUUGCCGAGAGUGUGACUGGAGCUGCAAUGCUUGUAAGGGGCCCCUCAAAACUGACUGCCUGCAAUGCAUGGAUGGCUAUAUUUUGCAAGAAGGCUCCUGUGUAGUGCAGUGUAAAGCAGGCUUCUACAAAGCAGGAGAAGAAUGCAUACGAUGUAAUGAACGCUGCUUGAAGUGUAGCAGAUCUGAUGUGUGCAACCAAUGUGAGACACCUUAUCUACUGUUAGGAACACAAUGUGUUCAAGACUGUGGAAAAAGAUAUCACUCCAAUCACAGUCAUCAAAGAUGCAUAGAUUGUUUGACUGGGUGUUUAGAGUGUGACAAUGCUUUGCAGUGCAAGCUAUGUGACAGCACCACCUUCCUGAAGAACGCACUCUGCGUUUCCGACUGUGGUCCAGGUUACUAUGGCAAUGUGCACAAGAGAGUGUGUGAAGUUAAUGUUUACGCGCCUGUCCUUCACACAACCAGCUCUGUAUUUGUGGGAAUUGGCGGCAGCCAGGUACUGAACACUUCCGUCCUGAGUGUAUACGAUGCUGACACACCCAGUGAGAACCUUGUCCUCUACGUUGUCAACCCCCCUGACAAUGGGAAACUGAUUAGAAUGCAGGAAGGGAAAGAGACCUAUCUUCAGAAAGGAGACAUGUUCACCACCGUUGAGCUGAAGGAACACAGCAUCCGCUUUAUUCAUGAUAAAGAUAAAGCCAGGAAGGGGAAACUUACCCUGAAAGCCAGUGACCACCAACUGUUCUCCCUUCCAGAAAUAAUUAAUAUUCAAGCUCUUUCAUUCAAGGGUCCCUAUGUGCUGACUAAUAAAGUCUUAUUACUCAGUAGAGGUGAAUUAGGUACCAUUUCUAAUCUGGUUUUGGACAUUCAAGAUGAUGACAAUCCCUCCGAUGUGGUACUAAGGGUUUUGGACUCACCAAGACACGGCCGCCUCAUUUUGCUCCCAGCGGAUGUCGAGGUGCAAACGUUCCGACUGGAAGAUCUUGAAAGGGGACAGCUGCGUUAUGUUCACAAUGGAAUAAACAGCCUGCCUGACAAAGUACUUCUGCAAGUAAAUGAUGGUCAUAAUGUCCUGAAUGUCCUCUUCCUGAUCAACAUUAUCGAAAAGAAGAAUGGCAAAGGACCACAACUUCUGAAUAACUUGCCAGGAUGGGUCCCAGAAGGUGGAUUACUAAAGAUUACAAACAGACUACUGAAGGCACAAGACAAAGAUGUCAAUGAUUCAGGAAUCAUCUUCAACCUAGUAGCUGCAAAGGAAGCCCCUAAAUAUGGUGAUGUGAUCCUUAUGGUGCCAAUGCCAGCUGAUGGCCCAGCAGAUGGGUGGCAAAGGCUGCCUGAUGGGAAAACAGCUACAGUUACAAGCUCAUUUACACAGCAGGAUCUCAAUGAUGGUAUAGUGUGGUACCGACAUUCAGGAAUUGCCUCUACAGAGGACUCAUUCAAGUUUCAGGUUACAAACGAUGCCAGGACCUACACUGGAGGUGAAAGCCAUAUAUUUCAGAUUGGAAUUUUACAGGAAAACAGGGAUGCUCCACAACUAGCUCCGGGAGUUAUUACCCCUCUACAAGUCACUGCACUUGAAGACAGAGUUACAGUAAUCCAGGCUACACAGUUAUCCUUUGUAGACAGAGACACACCAAGCCAGGAUCUAAUCUAUAAUAUCACGGUUCCACUGCUUCCAGAACACGGUACACUUGAACACUCUGACAGCCCUUUCUUCCCAGUCACAUUCUUCACUCAGGCUGACAUUGACAGUGGGAAGAUUCUGUACCGACCGCCGGCAGCAUCUUUGCAUGUGCAAGGCUUAUUCAAAUUCUCCUUCACGGUUUCUGAUGGUGAACACACCUCCCCAGAAAUGGAAUUUACCAUACAUCUGUUGUCUACCAAUCAACAGCCUCCAGUUUUUCAAAUAUCAGAACCUUUCAUAGAGGUCAGCCAAGGAGGUAGAGCAGCUGUAGGUUUGAGCCAGCUAGCCGUACGCGAUGCAGACACAUACCCAGAUGAUCUUCUGUUUGAGCUGGUUGAACCCCCUCAAUUUGGAGUAUUGAUUAAAUCAGACUACAGACAGCCAGUGGAAAUGGUGAAAGGAGAAACCUUCACGCAUGAUGAUGUGGUACGAAAUAUACUUCAUUAUGUGCACGAUGGCACCCCAGCUACUGAGGACAAUAUGCAAAUCUUAGUCACUGAUGGAGUUACCACAGCAACAACACUGCUGAAAAUUCAUGUCUCAGGAACAGACAGUGAUGGACCUUGGCUUGCACCUGGUUCUCUUUUAACUCUUUCAGUGCCAGAGAAAAGCUUUAAAACUAUAACAAGAUCUCAUCUGGCUUACAUUGAUAAUAAUUCACCUGAGAGUAAAAUCCGGAUUCAGUUGAUAUCUCUGCCCAUGUAUGGUGUUCUCACUAAUGGCCACAAGGAGUUGUUGGAAUUUUCAACUUUUACAAUGGAAGAUAUUGAUAACCGAAGAAUUAGAUACACCACUGACUUUGAUACCAACAAUCAACCUGUCACUGAUAUUUUCCACUUUACCGUCUAUGAUGUUGAUAAUUACCGUCUCGACAACCAAAUGUUUACCAUCACCAUUACUGGUAGCAAGAACUACUCGCCACUUGUUAACGUCAGAGAUGAAGUUACUGUGGAAGAGGGCGGAAGGAUAUUGCUGUCGUCGCACAGUAUUCUGGCAACAGAUUCGGACACCCCUAAGAAGGACCUGUUAAUAAAGAUAACAACAGCACCUGAGUUUGGAUACAUUGAAAAUCUGAGAAGAGAAGGAAGAAGUGAUCAAGUUGUCAUCGUCGGCCCUGACGUUCCCUUCUCAGUGCAGGAUAUUCUCGACAAUAAUAUUUACUAUGUGCAGAGUGUCCAUCACGGCAGUGAGCCAGUUUCAGAUGGCUUUGACUUCUAUGUGACUGAUGGAGUGGCUCAGUCUCCAGUGCACCAUUUCAACAUUAUUAUUCUGCGGAAGAAUGACGAACCUCCAAAUAUGACUGUUGAAGUUGUGCAAGUAAAGAAAGGAACAGGCGUCGUGAUCAGAAACACCUCACUUAGUCUGAUUGACCUGGACACACCCGAGAAUGAACUGGUGUUCAAAGUAACCAAGAAGCCCAACUAUGGCAAGCUACGAAAAAGGCAGUUUUAUUCUGAGCCUCUGGAAAAUGGUCGUAUCCUGACACAAGGCUCCUCCUUCACAUACCAGGAUGUGCUAGAUGAGUUAAUCGUUUACACCCACGAUGGAACCAAUGUCCAGUCGGAUGAGGUCCGCUUCUCCUUUACGGAUGGCCUGUACACAGAAAAUGGGAAAAUGGAGUUCUUUAUUUUAAAGCAGAAGAAUGAAUCACCACGAUUAUUGAUCAACCGUGGCCUACAGUUCUCAGCAGGCUCUGUCUCAGUUAUCACACAGCAGCACCUUAAAGCUACAGAUAUUGAUUCUGAUGAUGAGAAGCUCAAGUUUGUCAUAACCAAAGACCCCACAGUCGGACGACUGCAGAUGUCAAAAAAUGACAAUUUGGUUCAAAUUUCGAUCAGGGGACCCGUUAAAAAAUUUACCCAAGCUGACAUUAACAAAAGAUAUAUCGAGUAUAGACAUGAAAAGGGAGAGCCAGGUGGAAGUUUUGCUUUUAAAUUUGAUGUUGAGGAUACAGAUGGAAAUAAACUAAUUGAUCAGUCCUUCUUCAUUACUGUUUUGGAAGAUAAGCUUCCACCGACCAUUGUAGUUAACAAAGGUUUAGUACUGGAGGAAAACUCGGUGAAAAAAAUAACUACGCUUCAGCUGUCAGCGACUGACCAAGACAGUGAGCCUGGUGAACUGAUUUACAGAUUAACCAAACAGCCUCAGUUGGGCCAUAUUGAGCAUGCUGCUUCUCCAGGAACAAAGGUUACCCAUUUCACUCAGGCUGAUCUUGCAGCUCGCAGCAUUCAAUAUGUCCACACAAGUGAUGAGGAGAAACAUUCUGAUGAUUUCACCUUUUCAGUGUCUGAUGGUGUCAAUGAGGUGUCUCAAACAUUUUACAUUACUAUUCGGCCUGUGGAUGAUGCACUGCCCGUGGUACAAGUCCCUGGAAUGCGAGUGCAAGAGGGAGUGAGAAAGACGAUUACUGAAUUUGAGCUGAAGGCUACUGAUGAAGACACUGAGGCUGAAUCUUUGACCUUUACCAUUGUACAACCACCACGCCAUGGGACAAUUGAGCGUACCAAUAAUGGUCAUCACUAUCGUCAGACCAACACGUUUACAAUGGAUGACAUUUAUCAGAACCACAUCAGCUACAAUCAUGAUGGCAGUAACUCUCUCAAAGAUCGCUUUGCUUUCACUGUGUCUGAUGGGACCAAUCCUUUCUUCAUUGUCGAAGAGGCAGGAAAGGAGAUUGUGACAGCUGCUCCCCAGAGGUUUAAGAUUGAUAUUCUGCCUGUGGAUGACGGGACUCCAAGAAUUGUUACCAACCUGGGACUACAGUGGCUGGAGCUCAUGGAUAGUAAGGCCAUGAACCUGAUCACCAAGAGGGAACUGUUGACCAUUGAUCCUGACACUGAAGACAAACAGCUGGUUUAUGAGAUUACCUCAGAACCGAGCCAUGGACACCUGGAGAACAAACUGAGGCCUGGAGCCCCUCUAAUAACAUUCACACAGGAGGAUAUUAACUUGGGUUUGGUCAGCUAUAUUCUAAGUGAAGACAAGAUUCAAAAGACUAUGGACACAUUCAAGUUUUUGGUGAAAGAUAGCAAGCCUAACAUUGUCAGUGAUAAUGUGUUCCACAUUCAGUGGUCUCUCAUCAGCUUUGAGCACACCAGUUACAAUGUGAGUGAGAAGGCGGGCUCUGUGAGCGUCACAGUGAAGAGGACUGGUAACCUCAAUCAGUAUGCCAUUGUACUGUGUCGUACUGAGCAAGGGUCAGCGACUUCCACUUCUGGUGCUGGCUCAAAGCUGGGCCAACAGGAUUAUGUGGAGUAUGCAGGUCAGGUUCAGUUUGAUGAGAGAGAGGAUACAAAGGCUUGUACAAUUGUUAUAAACGAUGACCAGGUGUUUGAAAAUAUUGAAAGCUUCAUCGUAGAGUUGAGCAUGCCUGCAUAUGCAUUGCUUGGAAAGAUUACCAGGGCCAAGGUGAAUAUCAAUGACACAGAGGAUGAGCCCACACUUCAGUUUGACAAGAAACUAUAUCGAGUGAAUGAAAGUGCUGGAUUCUUGUUUGCUCCAGUUGAAAGGAAAGGAGACACCAGUAGUACGGUCUCUGCCAUCUGCUACACUGUACCAAAAACAGCCAAAGGCAGCAGCCUGUAUGCCUUGGAGUCCGGUUCUGAUUUCAAGUCCAGAGGAAUGACAAAUGACAAUCGUGUGGUCUUUGGCCCCGGUGUACGCAUGUCGACAUGUGAUGUCAAGCUGAUUGAUGACAGCGAAUACGAGGAGGAGGAGGACUUUGAGAUCAUCUUGGCUGAUGCGUCUGACAAUGCACGGAUUGGGGAAGUUGCAGCUGCCAAAGUAGUAAUAAAUGGCCCCAAUGAUGCCUCUCUGGUGUUUCUCGGAAACUCAUCUUUUACUGUUAGUGAAGAUGCAGGCUCCAUUGAAAUACCAAUCAUCAGGCACGGCAGUGAUUUGUCCACUCCCACUUCAGUGUGGUGUGCUACCCGCCCUUCAGACCCUCCCUCUGCGACUCCAGGCAUUGACUAUAUCCCCAGUUCCAAGAGGAUUGACUUUGCACCUGGCAAAACAGAAGCGACUUGUACUUUAACUAUUCUGGAUGACGUGCAGAACCCAAUCAUUGAAGGGAAUGAAACGUUCAUUAUCUUCCUGAGCUCAGCGCAAGGAGCAGAGCUGACUAAACCCUACCAAGCCGUCAUUGCCAUCAAUGACACCUAUCAGGACGUCCCAAGCAUGCAGUUUGGUAAGGAUGUCUACAGAGUGAAGGAAAAAGAAGAUGAAUUACAUGUUCCCAUAAUCCGAACUGGUGAUCUCAGUUAUGAGUCCUCUGUGAGAUGUUAUACCCAGCAGCUGACCGCAGCACUGACAGGGGACUUUGAAGAAAGAAGAAAUUCGGAUGAUUCACGCCUUACGUUCCAGAAAGGAGAAAAGGUGAAGAACUGCACAGUGUUGAUAAAUGAUGACACGGUCUUUGAGCCAGAAGAAAAAUUCCAACUUCACCUGGGCAAUCCCUUGGGCAAUCACUGGAGUGGAGCCAAAGUUGGGAAAAUUAACGUGGCCACUAUAACUAUCUCAAAUGAUGAAGAUGCCCCAACGAUUGAAUUUGAAGAAGCAGCAUAUCAGGUGCAUGAGCCCCCAGGCCCUGAUGCCAUUGCAAUACUCAACAUCAAGGUGCUGAGGAAGGGGGAUCAGAACAGGACAUCAAAGGUUCGCUGCAGCACUCGGGAUGGCUCAGCACAGUCGGGCAUAGACUACAACCCCAAGAGCAGGGUUCUCAAAUUUAGCCCUGGCAUUGACCACAUCCUUUUUAAAGUGGAAAUCCUCUCCAAUGAAGAUAGAGAGUGGCACGAGUCGUUUUCCCUGGUGUUGGGGCCAGAUGACCCUGUUGAGGCCAUUCUUGGUGACAUAACCAUGGCAACGGUGACCAUUCUUGACCAGGAGGCAGCAGGGAGUCUAAUUUUGCCAGCACCACCUAUUGUGGUGUCUUUAGUUGAUUAUGACCACGUCGAAGAGGUAACAAAGGAAGGAAUCAAAAAGAAUCCAUCUCCUGGCUACCCACUGGUGUGUGUAACACCUUGUGAUUCACGGUUUCCAAAGUACUCGGUUAUGAAAGAGCGCUGUGAUGAGGCAGGAAUUAACCAGUCUACCAUCCGCUUCAGCUGGGAAGUGGCUGCACCCACAGAUAUGAGCGGAGCCAGGUCCCCCUUUGAGACUGUCACAGACAAUACUCCUUUCACCAGUACCAACCACAUGGUCCUUGAUAGUAUCUACUUUAGCCGUCGAUUCCAUGUCCGUUGUGUUGCUAAAGCAGUGGACAAGGCUGGCCAUGUUGGAACACCACUGAGGAGUAACAUUGUCACCAUAGGAACGGACAGUUCGAUAUGCCACACACCUGUAGUGGCAGGGACAGCAAGGGGAUUCCAGGCCCAAUCUUUCAUAGCAACUCUGAAGUACUUGGAUGUCAAGCACAAGGAACAUCCCAACAGAAUCCACAUCUCUGUGCAGAUUCCUCACCAGGAUGGUAUGCUACCUCUGGUGUCCACCAUGCCACUGCACAACCUUCACUUCCUCUUGUCGGAAUCCAUAUACAGGCACCAGCACAUCUGCUCCAACCUGGUUACACUCAAGGACCUCAAGAGUAUUACAGACUCUGGAUUUUUAGAUGAUGUCAUCUAUGACAGCAUCACUCUUGGGCCUGGGUAUGAUCGACCAUUCCAGUUUGACCCGAAUGUAAGAGAACCCAAAACCAUCCAACUGUAUAAACACCUCAACCUGAAGAGCUGUAUCUGGACAUUUGAUGCCUACUAUGAUAUGACAGAACUGAUUGAUGUCUGUGGUGGCUCAGUGACAGCUGACUUCCAGGUUCGAGACUCUGCCCAAUCAUUCCUGACAGUGUCAGUGCCUUUGUAUGUGUCUUACAUUUAUGUGACAGCACCAAGAGGCUGGGCUUCACUGGAACAUCACACUGAGAUGGAGUUUUCAUUCUUUUACGACACUGUUCUAUGGAGAACAGGUAUUCAGACCGACAGUGUGUUGUCAGCACAGCUUCAAAUAAUACGGAUUUACAUAAGAGAAGAUGGUCGUCUUGUCAUUGAAUUCAAGACCCAUGCAAAAUUUAGAGGUCAUUUUGUGAUGGAUCACCACACAUUGCCAGGACAAAAGUCUCAGAUUGUCGCUCCUGACCAUUUAGGAGGCAUUGAAUUUGACCUGCAGUUGCUCUGGAGCACUCAAACAUUUGAUUCUCCCUAUCAGCUGUGGCGAGCAACCAGUUCCUACAACAGAAAAGACUAUUCGGGAGAGUACACCAUCUUUUUGAUCCCAUGCACCGUCCAGCCCACGCAGCCUUGGAUUGACCCCGGAGAUAAGCCACUGGCCUGUACAGCACAUGCUCCGGAGAAGUUCCUUGUCCCAAUUGCCUUUCAACAGACAAAUCGCCCAGUUCCAGUUGUCUACUCUCUCAACACAGAAUUCCACCUUUGCAAUAAUGAAAAGGUUUUUAUGAUGGAUCCAUCUGAAACCGAGAUGUCAUUAGCUGAAAUGGAUUAUAAAGGAGCCUUCUCAAUGGGUCAAAGGCUGUAUGGACGUGUGCUGUGGAACCCUGAGCAGAACCUCAACUCUGCCUACCGAUUACAAUUGGAGAAGGUGUAUCUCUGCACUGGGAAGGAUGGUUAUGUCCCUUUCUUUGAUCCCACUGGAACUAUUUAUAAUGAAGGUCCACAGUAUGGCUGCAUACAGCCCAACAAACAUUUGAAACAUAGAUUUCUCCUUUUGGAUCGGAACCAACCAGAAGUAACUGAUCAGUAUUUUCAUGAUGUACCUUUUGAUGCUCAGUUUGCUUCUGAUGCACCAGAAUUCCAUCAAAUGAGAGGCAUGCCCGGAGUGGAUGGUUUCACAAUGAAAGUUGAUGCUCUUUACAAGGUGGAAGCUGGCCAUCAGUGGUACUUGCAAGUCAUCUACAUUAUUGGUCCAGAAUCACUUUCUGGCCCACGGGUUCAGCGCUCACUUAGCUACCAACUCACACGCCAAAAGCGAGAUCUGGUGGAUCAGAACGGCAAGCUGACACUUGACGACUCUUUAAUUUAUGACAAUGAAAAUGAUCAGGUCAAAAAUGGCACCAACAUGAAGAACUUAAGACUGGAAUCUGAAGCUUUGGCACAAACCUCGCACAAAGAGGCAUCGAUAGGAGGUGCCUUUGCUGCUGUUGUGCUGCUGCUUCUCUUCCUCACUGCUGCUUGCUUCAUAGCAAGAAAAUGCAAGCAUAAGAACAAAUUUCCCAAAGAGGUCCCAGAGGAGUAUCCACUGAACACAAAAGUUGAAAUUUGUAACAAAACACUGAACAGGCUUGAGAAGAACUUAAAUGGCAAGCACUGCGCCUCAAAGAACAUCAACAUACUGAAUAAGAAUGAUGAUAUCAUUCGGGUAAAGGGUGUCAAGGUUAAGCAGGUAAACCUCAAUAUUAAGCUCCAAAAUAAUUUGCAGGACGGAACAGAGGUCUGAUGAUUGACAAAUUUUAUUACAAAAUAUGUAUUUUUUUUGGUUGGGACUGGGGAUAGGUGAGGGCAGUGAAGAGAGUGGUCCUUAAAAAAAACUGUAAUGGAAAGGGAAAUUGGUUUGAGUGCUAUUGAUUGUGCAGUGUGAUCCAUUUUGCAAUUGAGCUACCUCAUUCUAUGCAAGCAUGCUAAGCAUUAAUACAGUACUCAUUAAAUCAAGUGCAAGACUCUGAAAAUGGAUGCCUUCGGUGAAUUAUCUUCUGUCUCUCUGUAGUCUCUGUUAAUAUUUUUCUACUGGUAGCUCAAUCACUGUGCAUGCUUUUAAAUAUUCAUGACUUUUCAUUUUCUGAUAGCUUGGCUGACUGAUCAUUUGAGUUGUAUAAACAUACCUGUGAAAGAGCAAACCAUUUCAAGUUACAUGAGUAUUAUUGCUUUGUUUCCAGCUAUGCACUCGUAUGUGUAUUGUCAUGUAAAAGUUUGUUUAUAAUUGGAUGAGAUAUGUAAAUGUCCUUUUUUGUUUUAAGUGCAAUUCCUUUUUGGAGGCAAAUUUCAUCCAGGUUAACUUGUACCACAAUCAGGUUCUGUGUUUCAGAAUGAUCGUAGUACUCAUUGGCUUUAUUUCAACUUGAAAAGCUUUUUCAAUUAUUAUUUUUUAUACUUGUGAUAAAACUUUGGACAGACCAAAAUAAGACAGGUAUUGUUAAUUAUUUGGGUAUCAUUAGCACCCCCAGUGGAAUCUUGGUUUGUGUUAUUUCAUUAUCAGUUUACUAAGUACUGUAUCAUGUACUGUUGCUUUUAUAUCCUGUGUAGUGGUGUAGUAUGAGUAAACUUCAGGCUUUAUGUUAAAUUGAAGCUGUGUGACAAAUCGUAUCAGAAUUAUAAUAUUACUGUAUGCACAAGAGGAUCUCAGCAGACUCUGCUGAUGGUAGACAAUAGCACACUACUGUCGUCAGUUAUUUUGUUAUGUAUGUGUGAGAAAACAAGACACUCAAGCCUUGUUUUCAAUACGGAUCAGCACAGUGAGCAAGCUCUUAUCCGAGCUAUAAAUUGAGUGAUCCAAUUGUGGUGCUGGAAUUUUUGUUUUCUUCACAUCAGUAUGUUGAGCUGAUGAUAAUUACACUGACUGCUACAUUACCUAACAUGAUAUUUUCA